CGACCAUGGCCAGCCACCGCUCCGGAGGCCGCCUCCAGCGCUCGGUCCUCUUCUCCCAGGACGGCAAACUGCUGUUCACAUGCGCCUCGUCCAUGGUCAAGGUGUACUCGCUCAACGGGUCGCUGGUGCGUGUGCUGCAUCGCCCGGCGGCCGAUGGCGAGGAGGGCGCGUCGCUCUCGGCCCUGGCCCUCAACCCGGGCAACCCGUACCAGCUGUUGGCUGCCGCGUACGACGGGUCGGUGACUCUGUGGGACUACGUCGACGGUGUUGUGCUGGACGUCUUCUACGCAGGUGCCCCGGUGACCCACAUCGCCACAUCGUCGGCCCUCCCGCACGGCUCGUUCCUCGCCGCCGUCUCUUUCAACGAGGCCCCGCGCCUCGCCGCCCUCCACGCCCACAACAUCGCCCGCGGCAUCUGCCCGCGCGGCAAGACCAAGGCCAAGGGCUCGCGUCGUGGCGGCAUGCCCGACGACCCGCCGCCGGCCACGCAGAUCCGGAUCUGUUCGUUUACAGGCUCGGUCAACGCUGCCGCCGACGACGACAGCACCACCGCCGCUGCCACCCGUGCUGUCGCCGACGCCGACGCCGAGACCGGGAACGUGCUGUUUGAGAUGGCUGCGGCUGCCGACAUUGCCAUUUCUGCAUCGGGCAUGUGGAUUGCAGCGGUCGGCUCGUCGAUCCUGUACAUUUACACGAUGCCGACCGGCAAGCUGCACAAGCUCUGCCGGGCGCGGGCUCUGUUCACCUCUGUGGACAUCUCGCCCAAGGAGGAUCACGUGGCGACCGGCGACGCCACAGGCAUUGUGUACGUGUGGUACAUGUUUGCACCCGGCUACCUUGAGUCCAUCCUUGUCGACGUUGUCCAGUACCGCGGCGACGACCCCAUGCCACACAUGACCCGCCACCACUGGCACUCGAACAACGUGCUCUGCCUCGGCUACGCGCCGUCGGGCUAUCUUCUCUCGGGUGGCAUGGAGGCUGUGCUCGUGACCUGGCAUGUCGGAUCAGGCAAGCGCGAGUUCAUCUCCCGGCUCGGCGCGCCUCUGGCGGCCGUUGCUGUCUCGCCCAAGGCCACCCAUGUGGCCCUCCUCUGCGACGACAACGCUAUCCGGGUCAUCGACGCCCGCUCGCGCCGGCUGGCGUACCAGGUCUCGGGCCUCAAGGCCUCGGCUGAGGUCAUGCAGCCGGGCGUUGGCCUGGCGCUCGAGCCGGUGACCUCGCUGGUGGUGGUCAACGGCUCGCCGUCGACGCUGCAGUUCUUUGACCCGGUCCUCGACGUCUCGGUGGCCGAGAUGGAGAUCAUUGAGUCGUACUCGUACGUGUCGUCGGCGCACGCGCUACUCGGAGGCAAGGGCAAGGGCAAGGCAGCCAAGAAGGCGGCCAAGAAGGCGGCCAAGCACCAGUACGUGCCGUUCAUCUCGCACGUCGCGUUUACGCCAGACCCCGCCGAGGCGCCGGCGACGGCCCGCACGCUCGCCCCCGACCUUGUCCCGCUCACGUGCCAGUGGAUGGUGACAUCCGAGGUGACGCACCCCAAGGUCUCGAACCAGUCGACGCUCAAGUUCUACCGCGCGCUCUCGGGCCUCGACUUUGAGCUUGUGACGCAAAUCAAUGCGCCGCACAAGGCAACGGUCUCGGCGCUCGCGGUGCACCCGUUCCUCCCGCUUGUGGCCACGGCGUCGGCCGACGGCUCGGUCAAGCUGUGGGAAGCGUUUGAGGAGGAGACGGCGACGACGAUGGGCUCCAAGUUGGCGGCCCUCCGCUGGCGCAUGCGGUCGAUGUCCAAGUUCCGCGACGCAUCGGCCUCGGCGCUCGCCUUUGCCUCGGACGGCUCGGUCCUCGCCGUGGCGCACGGGCCGGCCAUCACCCUCUGGGACCCACUCUCGAACACGCUCAUGGCGACGCUUUCGUUCCCGACCGAGCCGCUCACCGCCCUCGCCUUUCUCCCGCACACCCCGUACCUUGUGGCGCUCACCGGCGUCCGGGUCUUUGUCUGGUCGUUGCUGACGCGGUCUGUUGUCUGGUCGCUCGCGAUCAAGGGCUCGCACCUGUGCGUAGCGCCGACGGGCAACGGCGCGGCCGACGCGCGGUUUGCGCUGGUGGCCGGCAGCGGGGCCUCGCCGAGUGUGCUCGUCUUUGGGGCCGACUCGGCCGUUCCGCGCGCCAUUGUGCCCAUCGACGGCGAGGACGCGCUCGGCCUGGCCUACCUCCCGCCGUCGGGCGCCGACCCUGCGCUCCGGCUCAUUCUCCUCAACGCCGAGUCCGAGUUUGUGCUCGUCGACGAGGUCGCCGCCAAGCUCGUCGGCUUUACCACCCGCCACAUCCACUCGGCCUCGGACGCCACUGCGGCGUUCUCCGAGGGCAAGCACAACUCCAAGGCUGCGUCGCGGCUCUCGGCGCUCUUCACCGCCGCAGACAACGAUGAUGCAGUGUCGGCUGACGUCGAGGCCUCGGCGCUGUUCGAGGCCCACAACCCGGCGCUCGACUCGCUGUUCCUCGCGCCUGUCCACGUCAUGCCGGCCGUCUCCAACGUUUUUGACGCCUUUAUGUCUGCCGUCCUCCCGCGCUCGCUCCGCGACGCUGCCGGCCCGCUCGCGGUUCAGGACGGCUCGACCGCGUACGAGUCGGACGACUACCCGUCGUCGAGCUCGACGAGCUCGGACGAGUCGGACGACGAGGCCGAUGACGACGAGGCCGGUGCAACGUCGGGCGACGAUGGCGUCGCCGCCAUGGCCACCGCCAGCUCGUCGUCAAGCUCGUCGAGCUCGUCGUCUGACUCCGACGACGACGAGAUGCUUGGAGCCGAUGGCGCUGAGCCCGACGCCAUCGCCCGCUUUGCCAAGGCCGAGGCGGCAUGGGCGUCCGCCGCCGCCGCUCCGCCGGCUUCGCUCAGCGAGCUCGGCCUGCCCGAAGCCGACGCGCUCAACAAGCUCUUCACCAGCCUUGCGUAA